GCUCGUGGAAAACACCACAGCGAGUUACAGCCCGACUUCCCCAUAGCAACCUGACACCUCACCCUUCGUUCAUCAGACACAGGAACUGAUCUGGUUUGGCUCCUUUAUAGACAAGGAACAGAUGAGCUGUUUUUUUUUUUUUUUUUUGACUGCCUGUUCAUCGUAGCUCCUACGACAUUUCUUAGUCUGCGAAAUUAGGGUUCAAGGAAGGAGAAAACUUUUUACCGACCGAGUGAGAGGACGCAAACCGAACUUCAAAAAAAAUAAAAAUAAUAAGAGGCAUUGUUUCCUCUUUAUUUUUAAACUCGUGUAUUUAGCCUACGUUUCAAAGGAGAGGAAAUGCAGCGUUUGUCACCGUUUCGGUACUAUGUUGAACCCGUCGUUCUUUGUGCCCAACUUGCCAGUUCGUUCUAUGAUACUGGUUUACAGAUGGUAGUGUAUGAGCGAUGCGCCAAUGCGACCAACACCAUCAAUCACACCGCCACUGAUGAGGAAAAACAGAAAGCCAUUUCCAACUUUUACAUGACUUACACUAUAUUGUCGAGCCUUCUCCCAUUCAUACCCGCUUAUUUUCUGGCGAGACGUGGGGAUAAUGGGUACAGGAGGGUACCCAUCGCUGUGCCUUUGGUGGGUUACCUGAUUUCAAGAACUCUGCUCCUGCUGGUUAUCCUGCUGGAGUUACCCAUCGAAGUGAUGUUUGGGGGAGCGGUGAUUUAUGGACUGUGUGGGGGAUUUGCCUCGUAUUGGGCAGGUGUCAUGGCUCUUGUGUCCGUAUCUUCAAGCGAGGGACGUAGAUCACUACAUUUGAGCAGGACAGAAUUGAUAUACGGAUUGGCGGGGUUUUUCGGUAGCAUAGCGUCUGGCCACCUUUUCCAGUUGUAUGUGGUUGAGAACAAACAAGGGGUAGUGCUUGUGGUUCUGAGUGUAUUGCUGUAUCUUUUCUGCUUUUUAUACGUUGUUUUUGUGCUUAAAACGAGUCACGAUGAUCGAAAGUCAAGGAGCAGCCAAGAUGGGCAAGAUGGGCAAGAAAUUGGAAUACUGAAUCAUCGUUACCGUGAUAUUGUUAAUGUCGUCCUCCUGUUCGCCAGUGCCAUUCUGUAUGAUAUUGCUGUUGCGGGUGCUAUGGAGAUUUUGAUGUCUUUUGUAAGGAAAGAACCCUUAAACUGGAAUGCUGUAUACGUGGGAUAUGGCAACGCAGCAGGCUUCGCAAUCUUCUUCACGAGUUUCCUCGGGGUCUUUGUUUUCUCCAAAUGCGCAAGCGAUACCACCUUGAUCAUAAUUGGAAUGCUGUCCUUCGCUGCCGGAAUUUAUUUUAUGGCCUUCGUGACAGCAACAUACAUGUUCUAUCUAGCUCGAACUUUGACUCUGUUUGCACUCAUCCCGAUGCCAAUCAUUCGCUCUCUGUUGUCCAAACAAGUCCAGGGCUCUUCGUGUGGGAAAAUUCUCACAAUGCUGCAGCUCUCCUUUUCCCUGGCCAGCCUGGCCUAUUCCCCAAUCUUCACUAAGGUUUACCAGGCUACGCUCGAGUGGUUCCCUGGAUUCACCUUCCUCUUCUCCAGCAUACUCACAGUCCUCGCCAUCAUACCCACAAGCAUUGUGGGCUGCAGGACCGCCAGACAGGAGGGUUAUGAGAGGAUACAGGGUAACUGAUGGAUGAGAACGUCGGCCACUAUCGUUCACCUGCUCCACCUCUUUUAAGGGCCAGAAACAUCAGGGAGGACAGCCUGACGGAAGGAAUACAUUACAUUACAAAUCCAGAGCAACUUACACAACUUUUUUUUUUUUUUAAACGUUGCGUCCAUUUAUACAGUCAGAUAUAUAUACUGAAGCAAUGCAGGUUAAGGACCUCAAGGGCACAACGUCAUUGUCCUACUCAGUCGUUUCCUCCUGGACUUUUAUCCAGUCCUCAUGGUAAUCAAAACUACUGGCCUCAGAUUUAAUGCAAAUGCAAAAACAUUUUACAGCAACUAAAUAAAUGACAGGAGUUACAUCAGUCAUUAGAAUGGGGAUAUUUUUGAAUCCUGAAAGACAAGAGUGUGAUUAUACUGGAUUCUCUGGAAACAAAAAAUAAUUAUGCUUUGAUGUUAGUUGCUGUAAAUGAACCUAAAGGCCUAAUUUGUAUAAUGUGGUAUUUUUAAUAUCAGAGUUAAAUUAUUUUAUUUAACUGACAUGUCUGAAGAGCAGCAUUUGCUUGGUAUGUAAAUUUAUUGAUGGCAAUUUGACACGGCUUUUCAGAAUGUUGACAUAUAAGAAUUAUGCAAGGGAUUUAUACAAUGAUUGUUUAAUGUAUAUAUUGUACAUGUACUGUCCACUUUUAUGGACAUUUGAUAUUUCUUUAUUAUAUUUUGUACUUUUAUAAAAAUGUUGAUAAAACAUGUUGUCAAUAGAUUGAGGUUGGAGGAUUGGACAGCUGACACAGGAAAAAUGUAGGAGUCAAAUUACCGAGUGUCUUUUGCACAGUGAGGGGAUGUGUCCUUUUGAUAGAGGAUUUGGAAACAGUUUGAAAUAGAUUUUAUUAGAUUAUUGGUGACCCAGAAUAGUCUAAAACAGGGGUUCUCAAACUCGGUCCUGGGUCCUUGUGUAUGUUGGUUUUCAUUCCAACCAGUCGCGAUCCUAGAAUUUUUUUUAAUUUUUUUCUUAAUUAGGUACUUUUCGCAUUUAGAGGGAUUAUUUACCCUCUGAAGCCACAUAGUGUCAGAAAUAGCUAUGCAUGUCAUAAAGAAUAAAAGUCCAAACUAGAGGUGAAUCAACAGGCUUCUAAUUUGUGUGUGUGGACACCUGACCACUACAAUUAACCAUCUGGAAGAUAACAAAGAAUUAAAAAACUAAGCAAAUGUUUAUUCAAACCUGCAUUGCAUUAUGUUUACGGGGGAAAAAAUAAUAAGAAUGAAUAAUAAAAAAACCUAAUUAGGAGCCUAUUGAUUUACUUCUGUCUUCCAUAUCAAAAAAAGUUCCCUCUUUUAAUGUAAUUGUACUAUCACAAUAUGCACAGUGUAGUACAAUAUCAGCACGGGAAUUUUAUUCUUUGUGGAAGCAAAGCUAUUUCAGACAUAACAUUAAGAGGGUAAAUAAUUCCUCUACAAUAGAAAAGCACCUAAUUAAGAAUUUGCAACAUUUUGUUAAAAUUAUUGGAUUGAGAUUGUGGCUGGAACGAAAAUCAGCAUACACAGGAGAGGCCCAGGACUGAGUUUGGGAAAACACUUGUCUAAAAUAUCAAUAACAAAAAAAGAUCUUUUGAAUAUUACAGUUACAAUGUAACAUUUCCUUCGGUCACAAACAACUGCACGUCUAUAUUUUUAAAAGUGCCCUUUUUAAUGAUUUCAAUAUACACUGCAAUUUGACUUGAAAAAAACAUGUAUCCUCGGUUAGUAUGAUAUUUCACACAAUGUGAACAAUAACAAGGAAUUAUAAAGAUGAAAAUAAGGCGAAGUGAAAAUUGCAGGCAACAGCGACAGCAGUUUUAUGUUCAAAAUUGUCAGGUCCAUCCACUAUCAUUUCAGCCCAGAUCAGAACAAGCAUGUCCAAAAUAUACAGAAGUGUACUUCAGAUGAUGACAUAUGUCCAUCCAGUCUGCCCUUGCACUUUCAUUAAUCUAAGGAAGCAUACUAUUUUUGGCAGCAACUGUAGUAUCUUCACUUAAGGCUAGAUGGGCAAAAGGCAUCACCAUGGUAGUUAAUGAGUGCAGUUUUUUAAAAUCCUUCACAACAUAAUAUCAUGAAUCGCUUGACUGCUGAUCUCAAUAAAAUAAAAAGGCAGACACUUGCAGAAAUUGUACAUUCAACGUAAAAUGACAAAGUGGGAUGUUCAAUUUUAUAAGUAGACAAUACAUGUGCUAUGGACUGACAAGAGUGAACUGCGGUACAUUCAAAUGUUUUUUUAUUGGUCCAAUAUUUAAAAUCAGUUGAGGUAAAGAUAACUGCAUCAAAACAACAUUGAUGAACGGGCUAAUUUACACACUUGUAAUUUAAAACAUCAAAAUGUACAUGUUAUGAAUUCCGUAGUAAACAAUGCACAGUAGUGGAACAAAAGGAAAAGCAUGUAAUAAGCUAUUUGGCUUUUUAACAUUUUAAGUUUACAAAAAUAAGAAAGCCCCCUCUUGAACAUCUCCACCUGUUCACCCUCAGAAACCUGACCUAACUUGGAUUAAAUAAAACAUGUUUGUACAAGCUUGCAGGGUAAUGGACAUAUAUACAUUUUUUCUAGACACAUAAGGCAGUCCUAACUGAUAGGAUGACUUUUUGAAAAAGCAGUAAUAUUAGAAGGAACUGUACACAAAGUCAGGGCGUAUUCAGUGGGUAGUUACAAAAGGUUAUUUACCUUCAACUGUAAUUAUUUUUUUUAUUUGAAUGUUUUGGCAAUUCAGGAAAUUUAGGGUGUCCAAUAAUUAAAUCUAAAUCUAUUAAGUAUUUAGGACUCCUCCAUGAGAAUGAUGAGCGUUUCUUAGAGCUUUGUAUUCAACUGGUAUGUCUGCAAGUGACCUGAAGUUCUGUAUCUAUAUGGCUAAUCUACAAGUAGAAUCAUUUAGAGAUAUGUUUCCAUCAAGUAGAUUUGAAAUCCAGCUCAAUCAAAGAGGUGUAAAUGUUCAAAUUUCAUCCAUGAAUAAAUUUCAUACUCAAUGAA